UCAUACUUUUCUCCUAUGCUAUUGGCAUCCUCUCGUUGACCGGCUCAGUCUGAGACUGCGUGUCUCCAUAUCUAAUCACCAUGUCGCUUCUAGGCACUAUAAAUCCUAAUAUUAAUCCCGGUCGUUCGGUGGAAUCCCACGGCGGCCAUGAGAACGAGAAUGAAGGCGCUCAAGCCGAGAGAGCUGCUGCAGUGAACGAAGGAACUGAGCACUUGGUUCGCGAGGAGCACACGGUGUACACGACCCAUCAUGAAGAGCAUCACACAAGUCUCUCCCCAGAAUCUGGCAGAUCCGAGAAGAAGGGAACUGCCUGGGGUAUGGACGGAAGCACCUUGAGUACUGCUGAAACCGCCAUGGAGAAACGCGAUUACAGCAGCGAAGAUGCUGAUGAAGAUGAAGAGGAAAAAGCUGCCGAAGAGGAGGUCACUCGACUUGCACAGCAACUGACUCGUCAAUCGACACGGUUCUCUGUCAGCAACAACGCGGAGAACUCAUUUCUGGAGGUGAAGGACGACUCCACGCUGAAUCCGCACAGUCCCAAUUUUAAGGCGAGGCACUGGAUGAAGAACUUGUUGGCGCUUUCGUCUCGCGAUCCGGAACGCUAUCCCAAGCGUGAGGCGGGUGUCUCGUUCCAGAAUCUUAGUAUCCAUGGUUUCGGUAGUCCUACCGAUUACCAAAAGGAUGUUUUCAACUCGGUGCUGCAGGUUGGUGCCCUUAUGCGCAAGCUGACGGGUACUGGAAAGCAGAAGAUCCAGAUCCUCCGCGACUUCGAUGGUCUUGUCAGGAGUGGUGAAAUGCUGGUGGUCCUCGGUCGUCCUGGUAGUGGAUGCUCUACCUUCUUGAAGACCCUUGCGGGUGAAAUGAACGGUAUCUACAUGGACAAGGAGUCUGAAUUGAAUUACCAGGGUAUCUCGGCCAAGCAGAUGCGGAAGCAGUUCAAGGGCGAAGCUAUCUAUACCGCGGAAACCGAUGUGCACUUCCCCCAAUUGACUGUCGGCGACACUCUUAAAUUCGCUGCUCUUUCUCGCUGCCCACGGAACCGUUUCCCUGGAGUCUCGAAGGAGCAGUAUGCGACUCAUAUGCGUGACGCUGUUAUGGCUAUGCUUGGUCUUUCGCAUACCAUCAACACCCGUGUCGGUAACGACUUCGUCCGUGGUGUGAGUGGUGGUGAGCGCAAGCGUGUCAGUAUCGCUGAAGCUACUCUUUGUGGAAGUCCUCUACAGUGCUGGGAUAACAGUACUCGUGGUUUGGAUAGUGCGAACGCACUUGAAUUCUGCAAGACCUUGAAUUUGAUGACCAAGUACGCUGGUGCGACAGUCGCCGUGGCCAUCUAUCAAGCCUCCCAGAGUGCUUACGAUGUCUUCGACAAGGUGACUUUGUUGUAUGAGGGCAGGCAGAUCUACUUCGGUCCUACCGAUGAAGCCAAGGAGUUCUUUACCAACAUGGGAUUUGAAUGCCCUGAGCGUCAGACCACCGCUGAUUUCCUGACCUCCCUGACCAGCCCUGCUGAGCGCAUUGUGAAGCCGGGUUACGAAGGCAAGGUUCCACGCACCCCUGACGAGUUUGCCGCCGCUUGGAAGAGCAGUGAGGCCUACAGUAGGCUGAAGAGACAAAUUGCCGAGUACAACCAAGAAUUUGCAAUCGGUGGAGAGUCGCUUGGCAAGUUCAUUGAAUCUCGCAAGGCCAUGCAAUCGAAGAACCAGCGCGUCAAGUCUCCCUACACCAUUUCUCUCUACGAACAGGUCAAGCUCUGUUUGAUUCGAGGAUUUCAGCGACUACAAGGCGAUGCCAGUUUGACCAUCUCCCAGUUGGUCGGAAACUUCAUCAUGGCCUUGAUCAUUGGAAGUGUCUUUUACAAUUUGCAACCGGUGACUUCUAGUUUCUACUCCCGUGGUGCUCUUCUCUUCUUCGCCGUCUUGCUCAACGCCUUCUCUAGUGCUCUUGAGAUCUUGACCCUGUAUGCUCAACGUCCGAUUGUCGAAAAACAAGCCCGCUACGCCAUGUAUCACCCGUUCGCCGAAGCCAUCGCAUCCAUGCUUUGUGACAUGCCUUACAAAGUUGGAAAUGCCAUCAUCUUCAACAUUACUCUGUAUUUCAUGACCGGUCUUCGUCGCGAACCAGGCGCAUUCUUCGUCUUCCUGUUGUUUUCCUUCGUGACGACCUUGACAAUGUCCAUGCUUUUCCGAACCAUCGCUGCCUCUUCUCGCACUCUUUCUCAGGCUCUGGUGCCCGCUGCCAUCCUCAUCUUGGGUCUGGUCAUCUACACUGGAUUCACCAUUCCUACGAGAUACAUGCUUGGCUGGUCGAGAUGGAUGAACUACAUCAACCCCAUUGCCUACGGAUUCGAGAGCUUGAUGGUUAACGAAUUUCAUCAUCGUCAAUUCCUGUGCUCUGAAUCGGAGCUGAUUCCAAAUUACUCGGGCGCUUCGAUCGAGUACCAGAUCUGUUCCACGGUCGGCGCUGUUGCUGGAGCCAAGUACGUCCAGGGUGAUGACUACCUUCACAAGAGUUUCCAGUACUAUGACAGCCACAAGUGGAGGAACUUGGGUAUCAUGUUCGCCUUUAUGAUCUUCUUCAUGACUACCUAUCUGCUUGCCACCGAGUUCAUCUCGGAAGCCAAGUCCAAGGGUGAAGUGUUGCUGUUCCGCCGUGGUCAAGCUCCACCUUCUCUCGACGAUGUUGAAACGGCCCAUCACGUCGCCGCAGACGAGAAGACUGACCGGUCUGGUGGCCAGUCGAGCGCUGCUAUUCAGAGGCAGGAGGCCAUUUUCCACUGGCAGGAUGUGUGCUACGACAUCAAGAUCAAGGGCGAGCCCCGGCGCAUUUUGGACCACGUCGAUGGCUGGGUCAAGCCUGGAACCUGUACUGCUCUUAUGGGUGUUUCUGGUGCUGGCAAAACUACUCUUCUGGACGUGCUCGCAACCCGUGUGACAAUGGGUGUUGUAACUGGUGAGAUGUUGGUUGACGGUCGCCCUCGGGACCAGUCCUUCCAGCGCAAGACUGGUUAUGUUCAGCAACAAGAUCUUCAUCUUCACACUACCACCGUCCGAGAGGCUCUGCGCUUCAGCGCCAUUCUCCGUCAGCCCGCCCAUGUCAGUCGCCAGGAAAAGCUCGAUUACGUUGAAGAAGUCAUCAAGUUGCUUGGUAUGGAAGCAUAUGCCGAUGCUGUUGUCGGUGUUCCUGGUGAAGGUCUCAACGUCGAGCAACGCAAGCGUCUUACUAUCGGUGUUGAAUUGGCAGCGAAGCCGCAACUACUUUUGUUCCUUGAUGAGCCCACAUCCGGUCUUGACAGUCAAACCUCCUGGUCCAUUCUCGAUCUCAUCGAUACCCUGACCAAGCACGGUCAGGCCAUUCUGUGCACGAUCCACCAGCCCUCCGCCAUGCUCUUCCAGCGUUUCGAUCGCUUGUUGUUCCUUGCUAAGGGUGGUAAGACCGUUUACUUUGGCGAAAUCGGUGACAAGUCGUCGACUCUUGCUAGCUACUUCGAACGGAAUGGUGCUCCGAAACUGCCUACUGAAGCCAAUCCAGCUGAAUGGAUGCUUGAGGUCAUUGGUGCUGCCCCUGGAUCGCAUAGUGAUAUUGACUGGCCCGCUGUCUGGCGCGAAAGCCCCGAACGUCAGGGGGUACUUGAUCACCUCGCUGAGUUGAAGUCUACUCUCUCGCAAAAGCCGGUUGAUACUAGCAAGCAGGACCCUGGCGAGCUCAACGAAUUUGCUGCACCCUUCUCUGUUCAAUUGUGGGAGUGUUUGACCCGUGUUUUCUCGCAGUACUGGAGAACCCCUGUCUACAUCUACUCCAAGAUCGCGCUUUGCAUUCUGACAUCACUCUACAUCGGUUUCUCCUUCUUCAAGGCGAAGAACAGUGCUCAGGGUCUCCAGAACCAGAUGUUCAGUAUUUUCAUGCUGAUGACCAUCUUCGGUAACCUUGUUCAGCAAAUUCUUCCCAACUUCUGCACCCAGCGUUCGCUAUACGAGGCUCGUGAGAGACCCUCCAAGGCCUACUCGUGGAAGGCUUUCAUGGCCGCUAACAUCAUCGUCGAGCUUCCAUGGAACGCGCUCAUGAGUGUCAUUAUCUUUGUAUGCUGGUACUACCCCAUCGGUCUGUACCAGAAUGCUGAGCCCACCAACGCCGUCCACGAGCGCGGAGCUUUGAUGUUCCUGCUGAUCCUGUCCUUCCUCCUGUUCACCUCCACAUUCGCGCAUAUGAUCAUCGCUGGUAUUGAACUCGCUGAAACCGGUGGUAACAUUGCCAACUUGCUCUUCUCCCUGUGCCUGAUCUUCUGUGGUGUCCUUGCCACACCUUCUCAACUUCCAGGCUUCUGGAUCUUCAUGUACCGUGUCUCGCCAUUCACGUACCUGGUAUCAGGCAUGUUAGCCACCGGUGUGUCAGGCACGACUGCUACCUGCGAAGCUGUUGAAUACCUUCACUUCAGCCCUCCUCCUGACACCACCUGCCAAAGCUACAUGUCCAACUACAUCAGCAGCCACGGCGGCUACCUUGAGAACCCGAAUGCCACCUCCGACUGUUCCUUCUGCACGAUCUCCAGCACAGACACCUAUCUGGCCCAAGUGAACAGCUAUUUCAGCGACGCAUGGCGCAACUUCGGCCUGAUGUGGGUCUACAUUGCAUUCAACAUCUUCGCUGCCGUGUUCAUUUACUGGCUCGCUCGUGUGCCCAAGGGCCAGCGGACCAAGGCAUAAAAGUGUGAAUUUCUUUGUUUUUUCUUCCUUCUUACUCCCAUCCUUUUCUUCUUUGAACAUAAAUUCUUGUUCUUGGUAACACUAUCAUGUAUAUUGGACAUAAUGCCUGUUAGAUCCUACGUGAGAUGGAUACUUCGACAUGUUUUGCUUAUAAGCGUUUGCUAGAUUUCCGUUAUCAUCAUCUCUUGCUCAUGAUACAAUAUUUCACUCAUCUCACCCUUAUUGUCUCUACUUUUCAAAUCACUACAGAUGUAUAUGGCAUAUAAGAUCAGAUAAUAGAUAGAACAAACAACUCAAUACUCGCUCAGAUUAUCA